AUGUCUACUUCCCGAAUUUUUAUCAAGGGCCUGCCCCCCAACAUCACGGAGGCCGAGUUCCGUAAACAUUUCUCCACCGGAAAUCGAGAGAUCACAGACGUCAAAUUAAUCCCCCAGCGUCGGAUAGGAUAUGUGGGCUACAAGAGUGUGCAUGACGCGGCUGGCGCUGUCAAAUACUUCAACCGAUCCUACAUUCGCAUGUCUAAGAUAACAGUCGAGACUGCACGACCCAUCUCAGACCCAGCCUCGAGAAAAGGACACAGUGGUUCCCGUAACCUCGGUGCUCCCGAAGGUCAUACUGCUCCGAGGUCAGCUUCUGAUCAUGAUGUAAACACGAAGAAGCGGAAGCGAGAGGAACAGGAAACUUCUGAUCCAAGGCUGCGGGAGUUUCUCCAGGUCAUGAAGUCUGGUCGAGAAGGCGCCGUUGCCGAUGACUCGAAUGCUGCCGUUGGAGCAGAUCAUGCGUUCAGUCACGGAGACGUCACUGUUCCAGAGGGGGAAAGUGAUGACGAGUAUGAGCAAAUCCCGUCGAGAGGAGAGAAAUCAAGAAGGAUAGAGCCACGCCAGGACAAGUCAGACAACGUUGCUCGACAACCGCCACCAAGGGUUGAGAAGACUCCCAAAGAUGAUAUCGAGGAGGCUGGUGAGAACAAGGCUGAAGGAAUUGAUUCAGAGAUGACUGAUCAAGGUCCAUCGGCAACUGGCGCAACUGACGACGAUUGGUUGCGAUCUCGGACUAAUAGACUGCUGGAUCUAGUUGAUCCUGAUGACCUUGCCUCUGGAGCAGUGCUAAGCCCGGUGGAUGCUACCACAGAGCAAGACAUGGAGAAUGACAGAUUAUCGUCGCAUUCCUCCGAUGAGGUGACACCUGGCACAGCAACUGAGGUGGCGACGAGCAAGGAGACUGCGACGGAAGAUGCUGUUAGCGCCAUCUCUCGCACGUCUCGGCUUUUCGUCCGGAACCUUCCUUACAGCGCCACUGAAGAUGAUAUACGGGAGACAUUUGAUAAGUUCGGGACACUCCAAGAGGUUCAUUUGCCAUUGACUGCUGCCGGGGCAACAAAGGGCUUUGCUAUGGUGCUUUUUACAAAUUCAUCUGACGCGGUCCGGGCAUUCCAGGCACUGGAUGGGGUGACCUUUCAAGGGCGUAUCCUCCACAUCAUUCCAGCCGAUGCAAAGCGGGAGCAGGGGUUGGAUGAGUUUGGCAUAUCUAAGAUGCCUCUGAAGAAACAAAACAUGAUACGUAAGAAAGCAGAGGCAGCUUCCAGCAGCUUCAACUGGAACUCCCUUUACAUGAGCCAGGAUGCUGUCAACGCCUCUAUUGCCAGCCGACUGGGUGUCUCAAAAUCCGAGCUGCUUGAUCCUACAUCGGCUGAUGCCGCCAUCAAGCAGGCCAUUGCAGAGACUACAGUCAUCCAAGAGACAAAGGCUUAUUUUGCGGCCAAUGGGGUCGAUCUGGACGCCUUCAAGUCGCAGAGGCGGGGUGAUAGCACCAUCUUGGUAAAGAACUUUCCAUUCGGGACUACGAUGGAGGAGCUUCGCAAAAUGUUUGAGGAGCAUGGCCAAGUCCUUAGAGUUCUCAUGCCCCCAACGGGCACUAUUGCUAUUGUCCAGUUCGCACAAGCAAACCAUGCAAAGGCCGCUUUCGGUAAGCUUGCAUACAGACGAAUCAAGGAUAGUGUACUUUUCCUGGAGAAGGCGCCCAAGCAUUUGCUCAGAGGAGAUAUCUCGGAGCAGACUAGCCGGCAGCAGGCAACAGGGGUGCAAAAGUUUACCGUCAGUGACUUGCUGUCAAGCGGUGAUAAGGCGGAAGAGGUGGAAACGACGUCUCUGUUUAUCCGCAAUUUAAACUUUGCCACAACCACUAGCAGGCUGGCUGAGGCUUUCGAGUCUCUCGACGGAUUCGUGUCAGCAAGAGUCAAGACGAAAAUGGAUCCCAAGAAACCAGGCCAAACGCUUAGCAUGGGGUUUGGUUUUGCUGAGUUUCGAUCUAAGACCCAGGCUCAGGCAGCUCUCAAGGCAAUGGAUGGGCACGUACUGGAUGGUCACACUCUGGGCGUGAAAGCGUCACAUAAGGGCCAAGAUGCGGCCGAAGAACGACGGCGAGAAGAUCGAGCGAAGAAGGCGGCGGCCCAGAGGACCAAGAUCGUCAUUAAGAACUUGCCUUUCCAAGCCACAAAAAAAGAUGUCCGGUCACUGUUCGGGACGUACGGCCAGCUUAGAUCUGUCCGCGUUCCGAAAAAGGCUGACUUUACCGCAAGAGGCUUUGCAUUUGCCGACUUUGUUACUCCUCGAGAAGCGGAGAACGCGCUAAAUGCGCUCAAGGAUACUCAUCUUCUCGGGCGCCGCCUAGUACUAGAUUUUGCAGAGGCCGAGGCGGUUGAUGCUGAGGAAGAAAUCGAGAAGAUGCAGCGCAAAGUAGGGGGCCAAGUCAAUAAAGUAGCCCUUCAGCGACUUACAGGCGGAGGGAGGAAAAGGGUCACUAUUGGCAACGACGAAGAGGAAUUCGACACUUAG